AUGAUAGGGCUAGGGCGUACAGGAGUCCUGAUAGCCUGCUACCUAGUCUACUCCCUGAGGAUCAGAGCGAAUGACGCCAUCAGACUGGUGCGUAAGAAGCGCCCCAAGUCUGUGCAGACGUCUGGCCAGAUCCUAUGUGUGCAGCAGUUUGAACACUAUAUGUUGCCGCAGACUAUCGUUUUUAGUUCCAAAGAAACUCUAAAUUUGACAAAAGACAGGAAAACGUCGGAGUUUACAUUAAAACAAUACCUGUAUCGACAGCGUGCUACUCUGCACGGACUCGAAGAGAGAGCCUUCAGGGAACUGCCAAAGAUAGUAUACUGCCUAUGUGAACGUCUUCUGAAGUUAUGUGGGUGCCAGCAGAGCGUGGGGCUGGACUUCCGUGUGAAGAACAAGCCCUUCUACAAGUCCUUCAUGGUGUACAAGCUGAGGAAGAGCAAACCUCCCGACCCUACCACUCCUGAGGAAGCCACUACUGAACAUGAACAAAUUCCAACACUGCCAAUGGUGGAAUGGCGCGACCCAGUAGAGGAGGAUAUCGAGAGGAACCUGGAGUCAGUCAGCCGUAUCACGGGCACCGCCAACAACGGCAGUUUGCCGGCUUUGCAGAUUUAUGAGGCAUUCACAGUGGACCAUCAUAGUCUUCCAGAAGAAAGGAUGAAAUAUUUAAAGCAACUUCGCAACGAAAUCAACCAACAGAGAGAAGCCUUCGAUAAAAUAAAUGUUGAGAACGACCCCACGAUUCUGACGGGGUUGCUGUUUGAAUGGCUGGAGGGUCUGAAGCAGCCGGUGCUGGACCGAGAGGAUCUCUCCCUCAUUGUGGGCAGAGCGUACAAUGUGGAGUCUUGCGUGCUGGCAUUGACUAUGGAAGACAUCAUGCUCUUAGAAUACCUCCUCCGCUUCGUGACACGUCUCCGCCCUCUCGCUGCCAACAAGAAAGUGGACAUCCUGAAGCGACUCCUCGCCUCCCUCACGCAUCAGACUGUUAGCAUCAACGGACGUUGUCUUCCUACCCGCAAGGACUUCCAAAGACUAAGAGAAGGCACCAGCAGCCAGGUGAUAAACUUCAUGCUGCGUAUGAUAGUGGAACUGCAGAAAGAUAUGAUGAAGCCUGGGAAAGAUGAUGCCGAUGUCGUGGUACCGCAGCGAAGGUUCAGAAUAAAGGCUUGGAAAUAAA